AUUAAGUCGGAGAUCAAGGAAAGGAGAGAUAGAAGGAAAGAGUCUCUCAUAUACAAAACUACCCAUGCUCCCUAUUUUCAUGCAGAUAAUUCACCAUUGCCUACACCUUUAAGACCAGCUAGCAAGAGAUAACAUGCUUUCAAUAUCACAGCCAUAGUUAGUUAUUAGAGUCUCUCACUGUCACUGAGAACCAAAAACCCCAAAACAGUGUCCAUGGAUUGCUGGAGGGAAACUGAGGGCAAGCUUGUUCAUGAUCCUUUAUAUAUAAAAGCAGCAGCAGCAGCGGCAGCGGCAGCAGCAGUAGCUAGUGUUCUUUCCGAAAAGAUGACGGCAAUGACCAAGAAGCACUGUAUCUCCUUCCCCGGACCGAUCAUCGUUGGUGCUGGUCCUUCAGGGCUCGCCGUGGCUGCAUGUCUUAAAGAGAAAGGCAUCCCUAGCUUGAUAAUUGAAAGAUUCAACUGCAUAGCAUCACUAUGGCAGCUAAAGACUUAUGACCGUCUCCACCUCCACCUCCCCAAACAGUUCUGUGAACUUCCUCUCAUGCCUUUCCCUUCUUCAUUCCCUACGUACCCUACAAAACAACAAUUUCUACAAUACCUUCAAGACUAUGCGGAUCACUUCUGCAUCACACCUGUGUUCAAUGAAGCUGUGGAGACUGCAGAGUUCGACACCGGACUUGGUUUGUGGAGGGUGAGGACGACGUCUGCUGAAUAUAGAUGUCCAUGGCUAAUCGUCGCAACCGGAGAGAAUGCUGAUGCUGUGAUGCCUCACAUCAAUGGCAUGGGACAGUUCAAAGGACAGAUCUUACACACAAGUGCUUAUAAAAGUGGCGACGCCUUCUCCGGCAAGAAGGUUCUCGUCGUCGGCUGUGGAAAUUCCGGCAUGGAGGUGUCCUUGGAUCUAUAUAACUACAAUGCUAGGCCUUCUGUCGUUGUUAGAGAUGCGGUGCAUGUCUUGCCGAGAGAGAUACUCGGAAGCUCCACUUUCGGGUUGUCCAUGUGGCUACUCAAGUGGCUGCCCAUGAGAAUGGUGGACCAACUUCUUCUUCUUGCUUCUCGGUUCAUGCUCGGUGACACAAGUAGACUAGGCCUGGAAAGGCCACAGCUUGGUCCUCUUGAACUCAAAGCCAAGUCCGGCAAAACUCCAGUGCUCGAUGUCGGUACUCUAGCUAGAAUAAGGUCAGGAGACAUCAAGGUUUGCCCUGGCAUAAAGAGGUUGACGAGACAUGGAGCAGAUUUCAUGGAUGGAAGUUCAGAGGAGUUUGAUGCCAUCAUCUUGGCAACUGGCUACAAAAGCAAUGUACCUUCUUGGCUUAAGGAGAAGGAUUUCUUCUCUGAUAAAGAUGGGUUGCCAAGAAAGCCAUUCCCUAAUGGAUGGAAAGGGGAGAAAGGUCUCUACACCGUUGGCUUUACGAAGAAAGGGAUCCUUGGUGCGUCGAUGGAUGCGAGACGUAUAGCUGAUGAUAUAGAUAAAUGCUGGAAAUCUCAGGGACAAGAACAAUAGCUAUCCUUCUCUUCUCCACUGAAGCUAUCAUAUGUGCAUGCAUGAUGCAUUAGGGUUGCAUGUGAAGUUUGGCUGACUGUUAUUCUUAUAUCUUGUAUAGUUUCUUUUGUUUCUUUUGGUUUUACUAACUUGAGAGAGAGAGAGAGAGAGAGAGAGAUCAGAGAGAGAUGGUUUGUUGCUAGGGUUGAUAACGAGAGCAUCCAUGAAAGCUAGAUGAAUUGAAGGUUUAGUGUAUGUUCUUUCUUCAUAACCUUUCAUUUGUUUAUUUUCUUUGCAAAUAAGUG